AUGGUCUCUUCCGGUCUCGGAACGGCUUAUCCGAGGCUUCGAGAAGGCUUUAUUGGUGUCCCCGCAGACACUCACCACUUAAUUACUGGAUUUGACCUCGACAACUCGCAAUCGCAUGGUCGCAAUCCCAAAAGAGAGGACCAGCUGAAUACAAUUGCUAUAACCAUGCUACUUUCAACACCAGCCACCCGGUGGACGACGCGAUCCCUCCUCACCACCCGCCUCUUCCACCUCCGCUUCUCCUCAUCGACCUCCGACGCCUCCGCAUCAACAAUCGCAACCUCAUUCCUCUCACGCUUUCAAUCCCUAGGCCCCCAAACCCGCACCCAACCCCUCGACGCAAACCAGCUCCGCCUCCUUUCCUUAACACUCAACCGACCCUCUCUCUUCCCUGCCUCCCCGCACCUCUCCAGCACCACCACCCUAAACGAUACCUCCACUGCCGAUGUCGAGCCUGCGCCCGGAACACCGGUCCCCGCUGGAUACCACCUAGUCUACUUUACACCCGCUUUCCUUGAAAAUGAACUCGGCGCCGACGGCACAGAUUCCAGUUAUAACCCCGCGCAUCCAUUCACACGGCGCAUGUGGGCAGGCGGGGAGGUAUCGUGGCCGCGACAAAACGGCAAACCGAACCCAUUGCGCGUCGGCGAUAACGUCACAGAGACAACGAGGGUUCUGAGCGCGGAACCGAAGAUAGUCCGGAAGACAGGGGAGGAGAUGAUCGUUGUCGGCGUCGAGAAGGAGUUCAGCAAUGCGCAGGGCGUUGCCGUUGUUGAUCGACGGGACUGGGUCUUUCGCAAAGCGCUUCCAACCCCGACAGGAACAGGAACAGCACAAAACCUUCCACCCCCAUCCCCUCCAUCCACGCACCCCGCCUCCGCAGCAACAUCAUCGAGCGGCCUCACGCAUACCCGCACACUGCGCCAAACAGCUGUAACACUCUUUCGCUUCUCAGCGCUAACCUUCAAUCCGCACAAAAUCCACUACUCGCUGCCGUGGGCGCGGGAUGUCGAAGGGCAUAGAGAUAUCGUCGUGCACGGACCAUUGAACCUAAUCUCGAUAUUGGAUCUAUGGAGGGAUCUCCGUGGUGGCGGAGACUCUGAGAACUUGGAUGUGGUGCUACCUGAGAAGAUUUCGUACCGCGCGACAAGCCCGUUGUAUGCGGAGGAUGAGUAUCGGAUUGUGUUGACGGAGGGAGCGGACAAGAAGAGUGCGGUGGAGAUUAUUACGCCUGCUGGGAAUGUUGGGAUGAAGGCUGAGAUUGCGGGUGUAUAG